CCGCUUUCUGUGUCAUCAAUUUCACAAAGAAAAGUAUCAUCUUCUCUGGCGACUGGUGAAAAUGCAGGAGCAAGCAGCAACGAGUUCCAUGGCGGCUAGUCUACCUUCAAGUAGCGAGAGAUCUUCAAGCUCUGCUCUACAAAUUGAAAUUAAAGAAGGAAUGGAAAGUGAUGACGAGAUCAGAAGAGUGCCGGAUAUGGGCGGAGAAGCCGCCGGAGCAUCAAGAUCCGGCAGAGAAACCGGUUCAAAUCAAAAUAAUCCAGACCGGGUUCAACACUCAGCUGAAGGAACAAAGAAAAGAGGGAAAACUCCUGCUGAUAGAGAAAGCAAGCGAUUAAAGAGAUUGUUGAGGAAUAGAGUAUCGGCUCAACAAGCAAGAGAGAGAAAGAAGGCGUACAUGACCGAGUUGGAGAGCCGAGUUAAAGAGUUGGAGAAGAAGAACUCGGAGCUUGAAGAACGUUUGUCCACAAUGCAAAAUGAAAACCAGAUGCUUAGACACAUCUUGAAGAACACAACGUCUGGGAUGCAAGAAAGGAAAUAGGUUAAUAUAGAUUUAGAAGCAAAAGUGUAUACGAAUGAGUGAUGUAGCGAGGAAUUUCAUAAGUUAAAAAGUUAUUAUUGUUUUUAUUUAAUGUGGUGAUGAUUGUUAAUGGUGAUAAUUGUGAUUGUAGAA